GCACUUCACAAAUUAAUGACCAUGAGUUCGUUUUUGAUAAACUCCAACUACAUCGAGCCCAAAUUCCCUCCCUGCGAGGAGUACACGCAGCACAGCGGCAGCGCCGGCAGCUCCGCCAGCUACCACCCGCACCACCCGCACCCGCACGCCCCACCACCGCCGCCGCCGCCGCCGCCGCCGCACCUGCACGCCGCGCACCCGGGCCCCGCUCUGCCCGAGUACUUCCCGCGGCCCCGCCGGGAACCCGGCUACCAGGCUCCCGCCGCGCCGCCGGGGCCGCCGGGGCCGCCUCCCGAGGCGCUGUACCCGGCGCAGGCACCCUCCUACCCCCAGGCUCCCUACAGCUACAGCAGCGCCGGCAGCGCCGCCCCGGGCCCCGAGCAGCCGCCCCCGGGCGCCUCUCCGCCGCCGCCGCCGCCGGCCAAGGGCCACCCCGGGCCGGCCCAGCCCCUGCUCCCCGGCCAUGCCCUGCAGCGCCGCUGCGAAGCGGCCCCCGCCGCCGGGGCCGGCACCGGGCCGGGCUGCGCGUUGCUGCCCGACAAGAGCCUGCCCGGGCUGAAGGGGAAGGAGCCGGUGGUGUACCCCUGGAUGAAGAAGAUCCACGUGAGCACGGUCAACCCCAACUACAGCGGCGGGGAGCCCAAGCGGUCCCGCACCGCCUACACCCGACAGCAGGUCCUGGAGCUGGAGAAGGAGUUCCACUUCAACCGCUACCUGACCAGGAGGCGACGCAUCGAGAUCGCGCACACCCUGUGCCUCUCCGAGCGCCAGGUCAAGAUCUGGUUCCAGAACCGGCGCAUGAAGUGGAAGAAGGACCACAAGCUGCCCAACACCAAGAUGCGCUCCUCCAACCAGCCCUCGCUCGGCCAGCAGCAGGCCAAGGCACAGACACAGGGCCACCCCCGCCCGCUCGACGGGGCUGCGCCCAACGCGGCCGCGCUAUAAGGGGCUCGUUGUUCUUGUUUUUUUUUUUUAAUAUAUAGAUCUCUAUUUACCUAUCUAUUGGGGUUGUGCGGCCGCCCGCGCUGGCGGCUGGCCCUUGGGACCACGCAACUGUGUAAGACAAAGCAGGAGCAGGGAAGGAAGGACGAGACGUGCCCAGGGACGGGCACACGUUGAAACCAAAACCCGGACGAUUGCCUACAUUGUAUAUAGAUAAUGGUUCCAUGCCCGUCAUUUUUUUUCUAUUUAUGGAAACCCUCUCUUGCCCUCGCUGUAAGAGUGCUGGAUGCUGUCACGGACGAAUUCUCCGUACCUAUGACGGACCCUUUUUUUUUGUUGUUGUUGUUGUCGUUGUUUUUAAACAGAGAACACUUUACAAACUAAAAGACGGUUCAAACAAAGCCAGGAGCUCGGGGGGACGCCCGGUCGAGGCGGUGACUCGAGUGGCGUGGGCCGAGCGUGGCCGUGAGGGGCACACACGGACCCACGAGGCACAGAGCGGACACGUUCACCUCGGGUUAAAAACUCAUGGGAAGCGUCCCCUCACGCCGUGUUGGUGUACCGGCCGUAACUUAGCUGGGUUUCGGUGUAGCCCCGCAGUAGCUGUGAUAUAUGAGUUUUUUUCCUCCACAUUCCCCGUCGCAUUUAUUUAAAAAGAAAAGAAUAAUAAUAAUAACGCUAUUAAAGGCUGUGGCUGUUUUCAUAUUUGGCACCGUCUAAAUCGUUUGGGUCCAUGUACAAUUUGUGGAUUUUUUGGUGUAAUGUAUACAGUGCCAGAUGCUGGUAAUAAAGAUUAUUCUGUACAAAAAGAAUUAAACGCUUGAAACACA